ACUCUACCGCACACUGUUUUGCUAAAUAGCCAAAAUAUUUUCUUAAAAACACGUAAAACUGUUGCUUGAAAAUGCCUGGGCAGGAAGAUUCCCUUUUCUCGUUGGAACUUGUCGUGGAAAAAGUUUACAUUCCACACAUACCUUGUCACUUUCCAGCAGUAGCAUUUAGAUUGCUUGAUUUUCCUACGAUUAUAAUUAGCCACGUAGAAGAUGAUUUGGCCAAAACAAUCAAAGGUAAAAUCUCAAGAGAUCCUUACUACGAAAUCCCGGCCCAGUUUAGUGAAUUGAAGGACAAACAUGGUAAUUUUAUGAUAAACAAAGGUAAAUCCUGUUUAUUUAAAAUUACUGUGGACAGCUUAAAACUGCACCUAGCUAAUACACCACUGUAUGUUAUGCUCAUUGACACAUUCCCAGAAGUUCCGAAACUACUCGGCAACAGUACUGUUCCGCUGAACUUUAUUAUGGAUGAAAUAUGUGUUGAUAUUGCAAAAAUGGGAACCAUAGUACCGUCAGUCCAUGGCGACAAGGGUCUUUUCAAACUGUACAGUUUAAUGGGAAAAGAAAUUGGAUAUUUUGUUUUAGGCUUUCGACUUCUCUGCUUAGGCCCAAGUCUAAUUCCACAUUUGCCGGAAGGUGCUCUGUUAAGAAGGUCUGCCAAGUCAACUCGCAAGGAAGAUGUAGUAGCACAACAAAUUGUGCAUGUUCAAGAAGUUGAUGAUGGAGAGUCGGAUGCAGAAGUUGCUGUGCUGAAAGAUACAAGAGAAAUGGGAUCCAUGACUGAUGUCGAGAAGCACGAUAUGAUCAUUCAGACUUUGCAGAUGGAUGACAAAGCUGUGCAUGUAGCAGUUUCAGCACCAGAAGACAAGACAAUUGUCACCACUGCAACACAAACUGUGAAGCACAAAAGAACUGUACGAAAAGUAAAUCCAAAGGUACAUGAAAAAUGUGAAGAUGAGGAUUUCAUCAUUAAUAACUUUGUUUGCCCUCCUCCACUAUUCUACAAUUGUAAGACACAACCCCCACUUAAAAUUAAACAAAUGGUAUACUAUGAGACAUGCACAGAUGAUGAUCUAUCAGUUGACAAUUUAGAAAGUACAUCUGAAGACGGAGACUUCAAAACGAAACCAAGUAAAGUAAAUAGUGUGAAAGAGGAAGUGCUGCAUGAUGGUACCACAAAGAAUGAUGUAGAAACAAAAUAUGAAUAUGAUCGACCUGUUAAAUCCAUUGCCAAGGCAUUUGAAGACAAAAGAAAUUCUUGUUUGGGUGUGGCCAGUGGGCAAGAUGCCUUAUUUCCAAUUCUCACUGCAUUGCUUAAUGAGCUGAGUUGUAUCCAAAAUCCUCAACUUCUUCAAAAUGUUUCCAGAAAUGUGCAACAACUGAAGAUUCAACAAAAAUCAAAUGUUCAAGACAUUAACAGAAAAGUAUCUGAAGAACGCAGUAAGCCUUUUGUUCAAGACAGGAAGGCUCAUGAUAAAGAAAAUGUUCCAGUGGCUGGAUACCCAAAACCAACAAAAGAGUCCUCGGUUUCAAGUCCAGGAAAGAAAAAAGUAAGGCAGUGUGCUCAACCACAUGAACUUGUUUCUAAAAAUAAAGGAUGGUUAAGGAAAGUUCCGGAAUAUCACAGUCCAAAGAAAACACAACUGAUCUAUCGUCUGACAAAUACACAGAGACUAAGACUUGCUAAAACAAACCCUCAGUGGUUAGAAGCAGUGGAGAAAGAAGAAGCUGAAGCAAAGAAAAGACAACAAGCUGCCUCCCAAAAGAAUACAGAAUCUGAUGAUUUGGAUGUGACCAACUUUUCUGAUACUUUAACAGAAGUGAGGAGACUUGCUGAAAAAGAAUAUCAAAAGAAAGGGGAUGAAACGAUGGAUUCCCUUCUUGAUGUUUCCACACUGAGAAGUGGAAAAAACCAAAGGAGAGUCCACCAUAAGCACAGAAGCCAAAGCUCAAAGGGUAAAUCUCCAUCAAGACCAUUAAGAGGUCAAACACCAUCACCGAAACAUAAACAACCUAAAAUCAUUCAAGUGAAAAGUGCAUUGUCUGAUGACUUUGAUGAUUAUGACAAUCAAGGCAUCCUAUCACCUGAGUUGAACAAUCGUCCACUUGAUAAUGAUACUAGUUUAAGGAGUGAUUUGCCUAGUUCACAGAAAAGCAUUGAAGUGCGUCUGCCUAGUGCUCAGGGUUAUGAUAAAGAGGAUAGUGAUAAUACAAUGGAUGAGGAAGAUGAGGUUUCUUCAGAUGAAAUAAGCCAUGGUCGUGGCAGGAAUUUUCUUGGGUUUGGAAAAAAUAAUAUCACCUCUCCAGGAGUUAUCAAUGGUAAGCCAAAUGCUUCUCUUAUGCAGUCCAUUGACUACGAUCAACCACUUGAAUCAACAAGAUUAUCAAAACAUUUUGAUGGAAAUGCACGUUCCAGGACAUUAGAAUCUACAGAAGAUUUUGACACCCAUCAGUUUCAUUCAACUGAAGAACCAGAACUGUUAGGUUUGGUAAGUGGUGAAGAUCAUCAUUCUGAUGUCAAUGAUAGUGCCCGACAGGGCAAGUUGCAAGUAUCUGCCAGUGUGGCUUCAUCAGUGAAAUUUCCAGUACUUAACCCAACAGCUUCUGAGCAGUCCCCAAUACCAGCAACACGUAGAUCAACUGUUAGGCUUGAAACUGGUCUUAGUGGAAGCCUUUCAGGUACACCAGGGUCCAUCUCUACAGGUAGUUCAAAACGGCCAACACCACAACCGAGAAAACCAACUGUGGGCAAGCUGGAGUCAGUUCAUACCGAAUCUGUCAGUUCAUAUUUACCUUCAGAUCCUGAAAAUAUGGUAACAUCUUUAAACAGUGAUGCUAAUUAUUCUGAUGACUUCCACUCUCUCCGAGGACAAGACAGUUUAACAGACAUUUCAUCACCUGAUCUGUCAGUGCAGAGAUUUAUUCCAGAUUCAAAGCUCGCAUACACUAUUAACUGAGCUUCAUAUAAACUGUAUUAACAGGCAUCGAAACAGCAUAGUGUCUGGUAACCCAUGUACAGGUUACUACAAGAUACAGGCCAAGUAAUCUAUAGGUUACAACUCUCAAAUCAAAUUGACAAUUCCCAUAAUUAAUACUUCACAAAUACCCUGAUACUUUGUUAUUAAUUGAUAUCAGUGUUCUCGUUGUAUUGAUAUUUGUAUGUGUUUCAUUUAUUGAAUAACACACUAUUGAUCAAAAUUUAGGGAACAAAGUUUUUGUUUAAAUAACGAUUUUGUGGAGAACGAAGUAGUGUCUUGACUUUUUUUUGACGUGGUAACCUGAACAACCAUUUUCGACUUGUUUUUAUGCCUGUAUUAAUACAUUCAAAUAAUGUGUGUACCCUAGUUGGUGUGCUCUUUGAUAAAACUAACUCCUACUUAACUGCAUUAAGUAAUCAUAUGUGUACAGCUAAAGUUUGUUAGCUAAUUUUGCACAUAAUUUUUGUUGUAUGUGUUUUUUUGUAUUUAAACUUCAGUGAAACCCUCUAAACCAGAAACCCUCGGGACCAAGUAAAAUGUCCGGGUUUAAGAGGUAUCUGGUUAAGUGAGGUGAAGUUCUUUACUGAUUUUUCAAAAAGGACCUUGAAAAAUGUUCUGUUCUGAGGGAAUUCCAGUUGACAGAGGAUCCGGUUUUCAGAGGUUUCAUUGUAUUAAUAAUAGAUAAAGAUCAAUAUUUAUAAGAGAAAGCAAAGUGCAAUUUUCAUUGAAUUUUUUUUUUUUUUUUAAAUUGUAAUAUUAUUCACUAAUUAAGUAGUAUGUGCCAUUUGUUUAUUGAAUAUAUUUUGUUAAAAGUCUUGUAAUAAAGUUAAGGAUGCAAUAUCAUAGUUACAAGGGCCAUAUUUUGCUGUUAAAAAAACGUUGGUACAAAUUACAUGUAAUUGAACCCACAUGUACCAAAUCAGGGUUUUAGAUUGCAUCAAAGUCACAACAGUAAAGGGUGUGCCCACAAUAAGUAUGCCCCAGAAAUAUGCCUACAAUAAGUAUACACAUAACGACUACUUAACAAUUUCAACUAAAAAACUACUGAAAUCUUAAGUCUAAAUGAUCUUAAAAUAACUCAAAAUGCAUUUCUGAAUAUCCACAACUCUUCAAAUCACUUCCAUUUCAUAUCCUCAAUUAAUUUGAUUAAUGUACUCCUUAAAGAUCUCACUAUGCUCAGAACAAUAAAAAAUAUAUCUUGUGCCCAAAUUAGUGAGAUCUAAAGCCCUGUUAAACUUUGUAUAUAAUUAACUCAGGAAAAUCAAAUUGUACGGUGAAUGCCAUGUAGACGGUUGCAUUCAGUAUGACUAUUACUGUCUUAUGACAUCGUAGCAAAUCACAAAAUCAGGCAAGUUGACUGGAUAGGGUAGCUAGUCUGAGACAGAUGAGUUGCAUGGAAACAAUAAACCUGUCUGCAACAUCUGCCUCAUAUAACUUUACGGUGGUCACCUCAACUUGAUGUACCUAAUUCCAUCCGUUUUUUACUAAUCAUUUUCUCUGCUUUUUUUAUUUAUUGGGUUGCCUUUUUCAUGAGUUUGUCCAUGUGCCCUUUUCCCCUUAGUCCUCGAUCCACCCCAAAAACAAAAUUUAUAUUUAUAUAUUUUCUGGAUCUGUUAGUGGCCCAUUUCUUGUUCCAGUCAGUGCACCACGACUGGUAUAUCAAAGUUUGUAAAAGUG